UUUUAAAAUACUUGUGUAAAUAGUUUGAACAUAUGGUAAGGUCACAUGGCAAAUCUAUUACUUUAGUCAACUCUACAACUCAGGUUUGUUCGUUAAACUCUUUUACUAUUGGCAUUUGCUCUACUGCCGUCAUCUCGUGUGAAUUCGCCUCGAUUCAAAUAAAAAAGAUGUAAAUAAAAAAGUUUUUACUUUUGUUUUAAAUUUUUUGUUUACUAUAUUAAGGUGGAAUUCGGACCCAUGAACAAAGUUUUUGGCUGGCCAUGAACUUCUACAAACAGCUUUAAUAUUUUGCUACACAUGUUGAAUUCCAUUUCGCAUUCUGGCAAUUUAGAAAUACAAUUUGUAUUUUUGUACCCAGUAUAAUACACUAACGAGCCACAGUGCAGUCGUCAUAUGUCCACAAAAAAGUCGAGGCACAAGCGCCCGUCCCAAAGAGCCGUACAUGGUUAUAACGUCGGGCAGCCCAUAAUGCGUAAAAGGCCAUCAAAAGCAAUACGGUUAAAAUGGACAAAAUCAAUUGAUAAAAAAUUGUCAUUUUCCGAUAGCUGAAAAGAUAUUGACAUAAUGUCAGGAGAGCACCUCUAAUCAUUAAUUCUUCUAAUUCACAUGGAUACUUUAUUUUGAACAUUCCGCAGACGUGAUUGAUGACCGCAUUCACAACAUUUUACGUCAUUAAGCGCUUGAAAAAGGUCUGCCUUUUGUUUCUCCUUAUAUUUACAAAAUAUAUUACGGAUAUCGUCAGAUAAUUCCAUUAUAUCGGACAUAUUCUAAAGAGUUUAAAAAAAAUAAGUAGUAUAACAGCGAUCACAAAAAAUAUAUGUAUAUUUGAUGAGUUAAUAUAAUAUUUUCAAUUUUGAGUUACUGUUCUGAGUUGCUAGAUUACAUGAAUUCAUCUAAGACAAAAGAAUAUUAUUAAUUUUUUUAAAUAAUGUAAUAUGCAGGUUAUUCAAGAAUAACGUGCAAAUAUUAUGCAUAACCUCUUAAACUUUAAAAAGUAGGAUAAUGAUAGAUAAAUGUAUAGCAUUUGUAGAUAAGGUUCAACAUCAGAUCGAGUAAUAUUUGAUAAAAUGCUUUAUAAUGGAGUAAUAGAUUAUUGCCCGUGUGUUCGUGCUAUAAUAGCUUAUGGCAGACGAUUUUUGGUGGUUUCGCUGGUUUCGGUACGAGUUUAUUAUCGCGACGACGAACGAGGACAACUACAACGAAGUCAAAGACGCUGCUAAGAAUUUUUGUGGUUUCUAUUUCUUUUUUAUUCGUUGUGAAGUGAACGUGAAUUCAGAAUUCUAUAUAUUUUUUAUUAUUUUUACGCAGCAAAAUUUGAGCUUAUCUCUAUCAAUAGCUUAAAGUGAUUAAAAAGAACGAUUUUAUAGAGGGUGUAAUGGCGUGAGGGGAGCGAAAACAAAGAAGUUGAAACUUCUGUGUUUUGUGCGUGAGAGCUUGCUCGGAGAAUCUCGCCAGCACAGACGGCUAGACAGCAAGACAGCAGUCAGAAAAGUUGAACAGAAGGAAGUUUAGGGUGAAAAAAUAAUCGGAUGCACAUUAUUUGCAAAUUAAAAUCAUCUGAAGAUAUCUUUUAACAAUUUAGAGAUCUAUGGGAGUUGAUUUCUUAGCGGCAUUUAAAGUGUGACUGUUAACUGUUAAGCAGGUGCAUAAGCAUCCGCGACAGUGACAGGAAGAGUGACAACAAUGGUUGUUGGUUCGAAUCAUCAGCGGCGUGGUGGUGGUGAUACUGGCAGCAAUAGCAAAAACGGAAAUUCUUCGUCCAACGUAGUCUCCUCCACCUCAAAUAAUAGUACGUCUAGCUACCAUCAUUCGGCACAUAACACAGUUCAUCAUAAUAUUAGUGGUAAAACAAAUUCGAUGUCUUCACAUAGUAAUGGCGGAAAUAAUAGCCAUAGCAGUUCCAAUGGUCAUGCCCAACAACAGAGCACAUACAUUGCAUAUACAAACGGCUAUCAUUUAGGCAGUACAAUUGGCGGCACAAAUGGAGCUGCUAGUAAUAGUGUUAGUCGACUUUCACAGUCGACGGGGAUGACACCAAAAGAACUUUCCGAAAAUGAUGACCUAGCAACUUCAUUGAUUUUAGAUCCGCAUUUGGGUUUUCAGACACAUAAAAUGAACAUUCGAUAUCGUCCACUCAAAGUGGACAGUGCUCAGUUGAAGGCUGUAGUGGAUGAUUUCAUUGCAACACAAAACUAUGAUGUGGCGGUAAAAAAAAUAUUUAAUGGCCCUUGGAUACCAAGAAGUUUUAAAAGUAAAAACAAAAUAAGCUUCAAACGGCUUCACGAUCAUAUAAUUCGUUACUUACGUGUGUUUGAUAAGGACAGUGGUUUUGUAAUUGAGGCCUGUUAUCGUUACUCACUCGAAGGUCAGAAGGGUGCCAAAAUCAGUUCGACCAAGCGGUGGUCAAAGAAUGAUAAAAUCGAAUGCUUGGUUGGUUGUAUAGCUGAGUUGUCUGAAGCUGAGGAAGCUGCUUUAUUACAUACAGGCAAAAAUGAUUUUUCUGUAAUGUACAGCUGUCGAAAAAACUGUGCACAGUUAUGGCUGGGUCCUGCUGCCUAUAUAAAUCACGACUGCCGUGCGAAUUGUAAAUUUGUUGCCACUGGACGCGAUACUGCAUGUGUAAAAGUGUUACGCGAUAUUGAGGUUGGAGAAGAAAUUACGUGUUUUUAUGGAGAGGACUUUUUCGGCGAUGGCAACUGUUAUUGUGAGUGUGAAACUUGUGAGCGGCGUGGAACCGGCGCAUUUGCGGGUAAAGUUAUGAACGGACAUACUGGCAGCGAUGCUGGUGCCUUGGCCAUGGGCUUAAGCGGAGCUUGUGUAAUCGGUAUAAACUCGCAUGACCCAUCUGUAUCUGGCGGUUAUCGUUUACGCGAAACUGACAAUCGUAUAAAUCGUAUUAAAAGCCGUGCCAACUCUACAAAUUCAACACACAUCGAUACAAACACUUGUGCGACAAACACACCAACUACAAUUACCGAAAGCUCUGCCGGGGCUCAGAUUGCCAAGAAAGUAGAAGGUGACACAAGCAUCGCUAUGGAGGUCCCUAAUUUAGAAACAAUGAAAAAACAACAACCUACUGUGGUAGUGACCCCGUUAACAAUGAAAGAAUUGCGACAAAAAGGUAUGACAAAGUAUGAUGCCGAAAUGAUUAUGGCCAACACAUACCAACGGCAUCAUCAUCAUCAACAUCACACUCAUCCACAUGUAUUGCAGCAAGAUAUUAAUGGCAAACAUUGUGCUUCUGAUGCCAUGUCAGGAAGUAAAGUAGGUGGUAGCAGUUUUAAUGUAGGUCGUGAAUCGCUUCGCAAAUCGGCACGUGUAAACAGCACCAGCAGUACGAUAUCUUCUGGUUCCGCGGACGAACUCUCUGUUAGCGCCGCAACUGCUGUGUCUCGUAAUGUCAGCGCCGGUACCGUGGCUAAAGCGAAUGUAACAAGUGCGGCGGCCGAACCAAAGUCGAGCGCAGCCACUAGUGUGGCACGACGCCCAAUCCGCAAAACUGCUGGCAAUGUUGUGCAUAAAACUAAUACGAACAACAACAACAAAACAAGUGGCUACGUUACACGAAGCAGUAGCAGCAGACAAACACGCGCUGUAACAGUGGCACGUGCCGAGGAAACAGUGGAAUACUGCAACCAAAGGGAUACAAAUGAUAUAAAUGAAAUGGAUGAGGAAUUUGAUAAUGCUAUGGAACAACAACAACAACAACGUGUCGACAGAGCAAUAGAUGUUGCAAGCACAGCCCCAGGAGUGGAAGAAGAAAAUGUUGCAUUUGCUGUAGCAGCGCCUAAAGGCAGCGAACGCCAACGACAUGACAAAACAAUACGCCUGCGCAAUGGACUGACUCGCGCCGGCGCCGCAACUUUGCAUAACAACAGCGGCGGGCGUAUACUGCGCAACCACCACCAGCAUCAGUCGACUGCACACAAUAGUGAUAUAACCGCGUCAAGCAUUGGCACAGAAGUAAAAUCAACUGCCACUGAUGCCCAUACGAAUCGUAAUAAUUAUAACAGUAAAAGUAGUUGUAACAAUAGCAGUAGUUUAAGUAGUAAUUGUAGUAGUAGUAGUAGUGCAAAUGACUCAAAUGAGUUCUUUAGCGGAGUUGCGGAUAGGUUGCCGGCUAGCAGACAAUAUGCCGCCAACACAGCCACUAUGCAAGAAGUUACCAACUUUGACCCAAGCUCGGCAGUUUGCCAUGUUGACGGUAAUAAUGUCGUGAAUGCCACAGGCCCAACUCACAAUAGAAAUAAAAGUAUUAGUCCAAGUUAUCGAAAAAAUUUGAUAGAUUCAUUUGAUGAAGCGUCGGUGACACAAACACAAACGCAAGAAUCGCUUGAGACGUGUCUCUCGAAAGAUUCCACGCUAACACACGUGCAACGUGCCACUCGUCGAAAUCAGCAACGUAGCGCCGUUAAAACCGAUAUCAGUACAAUACCAACAACAAAUGGGAAUAUAAUAACGCGUAAGAGGAGUCUAUCUCAGCUAACGGAACAACAAGUUCACGAUGUUAAUAGUCGCAACCGUAGCGAAAAUGAUUUGCAAGCCAAAGUUGCGACACACGAUAGAGUCGAUAGUGACUGUACGCCUGUUGUCGCUGUUACGGCCAUGGAAACGCUCUUGAAGACACCGGAGAGACGUUUGAAGUUGACAUUGCGUAUGAAGCGUUCUCCUAUACUCGAUGAAGUUAUUGAAUCGGGUACCAGUCUGAGCGAUGAGAGUAGCAGUUUUAACGGUUCAUUCAGUCGUGCCUCAUCUCAUUCGGCCGAACCGGUGGAAUAUGAGAUUUUACGUAUGGAGGGCAUUUCCGAACACGGUGGUGACUUUGAUAGCAUUCCGCUAAAGCGUAAAAAGCGUCACAAAACCAAUAAGGAGCAUCAUCAUCACCAUCGGCACCGCAGUCGCCAUCGACAGCAUCAACGUUACAAUGCUGCGGAUGAAUUAUCACAUAGUAUGAAUGUUGAAGUUUCUACAACACCCCCGGCGGGUGUACCUGCCGCCCAGUCCAGUCCACAAGCUGCUGUACUGCCCUCACUAACCACUGAUGCUAACGGCUGUGCGGUGCACACGCCACAAAAGAAGCGACUACGUUUAAUAUUUGGCAAUGAGACGCACACAAUCGACAUUCCAGCGAUCAGUUCGAAUGCUAGCCUAAAUAGCACCCCAUUCAAUACCAGCGGUAGCAGCGCCGAGUGUGAAAAUGAAAUGGGCGACAUGAGCGAAUCGACGAUUGCUUCAAAUACAACAAACACAACACAUUCGGCGGCUGCUGUUACACCCACGACCAGCACUAACGCCAGUGCUGAUACCAGCAUUAGUACACGCGCAAACGCAUCGUUGUUGGCCAACGCUUCAACGCAUUCAACAUCAUCCAACGCACCUACCGAGCCAGCCAUUUCGCCGCAAUCGAAUUCGAAUUCCAAUUCGAGCUUGUGUUCUUUAUCGAAUUCCACCUUCGCGUCGGCCUGUUCGACAGCAACUGCGCACACAUCGUUGCCACAGAGUGAAAAGCACGAGCAGCAUGAGCAAAUUGUUGCAACUUCAACCGCAAAUUUUGUACACGCCUCUGUAGCGCCGUCUGUAACUACUCCGCCGUCGACAAGCGGGCCAGUAGUAACAACAAAUACUGUUGUGGUGGCACCGCCAAUGUUGCAACACAAACCCUUCACAUUGCUGCAGCAGCACUUGCAGACUUCCACAGUUACACCCACAGUUACACCCACCGUUACAACACCACACAAUAACUUUAGCGCUUACAUGCACCAUCCGCUUGGUGGCGCAACCAGCAUCACUGGCUUGCCAAAGACUGCAACAGCAACUGGCGUUAGCGGCAACAACAACUGCAUUGCCAGCAACUUGAAUGGCGUAGCAGCUGCGCUUGCGCCCACCUUGUUUCUAUCGCAGGCGAGCGUGCCCAAGCAUACCUUCGGCUCUUGUGCCUUACUGCCGCCCCCCACUUUUGCACGCAAUUUAACAGCCAGUGGACACACGUUGUCUAUGGGCACUACAGCGAUCACUGCGACUGCUGCGAGCGCUACACACAAAGCAGCUGCCAGCGCGUCAUUGCGUGCGCACAAUGCGCAUACAAACACAACAACAACAACAAUGACAAUUGGUACAACAACAGCCGUGUCCAGCGUAAGCGCGUUAGGCGGUGUGCUCGGUGAUGGUGGUGUUGGUGGUAAUGGUGUUGCCGCCACCUUAAUGGUCAAGAAAACGACUGAUCUCCUCAUGAAUUGACCUUCAUUGUUGGCAAUUGUUGUACAUUGUGUUUCGCAAAGGGCAUUAGUGUUGUCGCUGCGUUUGUGGCUGUGUUCUUGGCUGAAUAGUGUUGUUGCGGGCGCCAGGCGCGUUCCGUUUUCAGCAUUUUAAUUACAUGUUGUUGCAAAAUGUAUAUUAAAGCGUGUUUAGUAGUUAAUUUUCUAUGUGUGUAUGUGUUGUGCGUGUGGUAGCGCUGUUUAAACAACAAUUGAAAUUCAAAAUUUUUUAAAAUGAAUAGUACAUAAACGUUUUGCAGUUAGGUUCAAAGUAAAGUAAUAGUUUAGUUUAGAUUAUUGCAGAAUAAGUAAAUUGAAUUGAAUUAAUGAAUAAUUAUCAACAUUUUGAUUUUCUUAAGUAUCAGUAAUUUAUCAGUAUAAAAAAAAGUUCAUAAUCAGCGAAAAAUUUCGUAAGCUAUAAUUGCGGGUUUCUAACCUCUUAAAAGCGGUUAAAACAAAUAUUACUUGUAGCAAAUUAAAAAAGCAGUUUUAAUAGUUUAUUUGCUCACAUAGAACAUAACCACAACGGUUUUUCGUUUCGUUGAUAGCGCCGCUUGUGCACCACCGAGUGCCCGGAAUUAUUAUUUAUAGGAGAAUUCUGCUUUUAGCAGGAAAGCAAUUAAAUUUUUUUAUUGUUAAUUACACAAAAUUUCGACAUUAAAUAAUGUUCGCAAUUUUAAAUUAAUUUUCGACAACCACUAUAUUAAUCGGCAAGGUUUGUUGAAUUUGUGCAUUUCCCAUUAUUGUCCGAUUUAACUUAUUUUUACUUUAAUUAAUUCAAUAAUAUGCUAAAAACAUGCUUUUAUAUUAAUAAGCAUAAAAAACAUUUUUGGUGUGUGCUUAAAUCGAAAAAAAUUAAAUGUUUAGACAUUUUAUCAUUGCUAUUCAGCAAACUCAUAGGAAAAUAUUACUUUUUUUGUUAUGUCCAAAAUGUAUUUUAUUUUAUUUUUUGUUUUUGGAAAUUUUCUGUAAUUCUUUCUUCAUAGAAAUGGUGUAUUGUAUGGAUAUGAAUGAUGUUGAUCAACUUUUCUUUUUUUUUUUCCCCCUUUCCUAUUUUCUCUAUUUUUUAUAUUGCAGAUGAAAAAUUUAUAAAUAAUUAUAAAACAAAUGAAUUAACUUAUUGUAGCAAUGCUACAGUUAAUAAUUAUGUAGAUAAUAAUCUAGCAUUUAGCUACAAUAAUCCAUCUAACAACUAUGAAUAUGGGUGUAUAGGUCCAAGCAACAACAACAGUAACAAACAUGGAUCAUAUAAGAAGAACCAAAAGGGCCACAAAUCAAUUGCUAAUAGCUUCUCAGCCAAUAUUUAUACUAAUGAUGACAUGUAUUUGAAUACUGAAACCACGAAACAGAAAAGCGGUAGAAUAACAAAAAAUACAACAAAAUAUAUUGAUAGCGAAAAUCCUAAUACAAGUAAUAAUUCAAUGGUUAAGAAGUUAAGAAUAGAAAUCAAUCGAAUUCAAAUCAUGUAUAGUUAAAUUGCAAAAAACAAAAAAAAAUAUUAAUAAAAAAUGAAGAAAUAACAGCAAAUUAAUACGCAAGCCAGCAUAAAACACGAGCCUCAAAUGGAGUCGUAAUAUUGUAACUUUCCAUUAAAUCACAAGGCAAUUUCAUAAAAAGUUGAAAGUUGACUAAUGCAAAAAAAAAAAAAAUAAUAAAAAUAAAAACAUUACAUUGUACAUUAGUUAAAGCAUUCUUAAUAAAUGUCGGUUGUGCAACCGUAAGUUGAAGUUAAUGAAUUAAUAAAUAAAAUGAAAAAGUUGUAUAAAAAGUUCGCAAAAAAUAAUAAAAAUGAAAGUCGAGCAUUAUGUCGAAAGAAAUUAGUAUCUCAGCGCUGCCAGGUAGCGUAUAUUAAUUAUUAAAAAUAAUUUUAACAAAUAUGUAAAUAAAACAAACUAUGUAUACAUUUUCUCCAAUAGUGUUCUAAAUCCGAUUAAAAUGUUGCUAAAUGAUUUUAAAUCGCAAUGCAUAAAGUACAUUCUACAGCAAAUUAAAAAAAGUAAAAUAAAUUUCAUAAUAAAAAUGCAGGAAAUGUUGGUAUAUAAUAUAAGGAUAGAGAUUUGUAAGGGAAAAAUAUAAUAUUUAAAGAAAUGUAUUAUUCAAUAAAAUAUUAAGUUAUUAUUGAAACAUAUUUGUCAAAAUAUCUUUAUAUCCCAUCUUAAUGACGCAACAUGAAAUGAAAUUUAUUAUCACCGAUAUCUUCUGUUAAAACUUUUCCUUAAAGAUGUGUUAUUUCAUAAAGGACUACUAACUUAUACUCUUGUUUAAGGCAAAUUCCACAUUCAAAACCCUCGUAACUUCAAUGUCAUGCAAUAAUCGAACUUUAGAGGUUUGGCUAGCAAGCAUAAGAUCCAAAACUAAUUUGUAUCCUUCAAUCAUAUUUUCGUUUAAAAAAAAUUUUUUUUUGAAUUAUAUAAUUUUUUUUGUCUUGCAUACCAAAGUCUACAAUUUCUCUGUGGUGUAGAGCAUACAAUAGAAAAAAAAUGUAUUAAAAUUUAAGUGUAAUCAACAAAUGGAAAGUUUUACAUUAAGCUGAUUUGUAAAUAUUACAAAACAAUUGUGUUCUUUAUAUUAACAUUAAUUAAUUAUAUGAAAACUGAUUUACAUAAGAUUAAUAAACGUAAAAGGAAUCAAAUAAAUUAGUGCAAUAAUAAUAAUGAAUGUAAAAUAGAUAAAGAAAAACACUUAAUGCAAAGCACUAAACAACAAGUUAAAAA